GCGGCGGCGGCGGCGGCGGGGGCCGGCACCGGGCAACCGGCUGGGGGGGCGGCAGCGGCGGCGGUGGCGGCAGGGGGCGUGGUGAGCGGGCCCAGCACGUCAGAGCGGACCAGCCCAGGCACCUCGAGUGCCUAUACCAGCGACAGCCCCGGCUCCUACCACAACGAGGAGGAUGAGGAGGAGGAUGCAGGCGAGGAGGGCACGGACGAGCAGUACCGGCAGAUCUGCAACAUGUACACCAUGUACAGCAUGAUGAACGUCGGCCAGACAGCCGAGAAGGUGGAGGCCCUCCCUGAGCAGGUGGCCCCCGAGUCCCGGAAUCGCAUCCGGGUGCGGCAAGACCUGGCGUCUCUCCCGGCCGAGCUCAUCAACCAGAUCGGCAACCGCUGCCACCCCAAGCUCUACGACGAGGGGGACCCCUCCGAGAAGCUGGAGCUGGUGACAGGCACCAAUGUGUACAUCACGAGGGCACAGCUCAUGAACUGCCAUGUCAGCGCGGGCACGCGGCACAAGGUCCUGCUGCGGCGCCUCCUGGCCUCCUUCUUUGACCGGAACACGCUGGCCAACAGCUGUGGCACCGGCAUCCGCUCUUCCUCCAACAACCCCAGCCGCAAACCGCUGGACAGUCGCGUCCUUCACGCUGUCAAGUACUACUGCCAGAACUUUGCUCCCAACUUCAAGGAGAGUGAGAUGAACGCCAUCGCGGCUGACAUGUGCACCAACGCCCGCCGUGUCGUGCGGAAAAGCUGGAUCCCCAAGCUCAAGGUGCUCAUGGCGGAGGGCGAUGCCUACACCACCUUCAUCAGCGACACGGGCAAGAUCGAGCCGGACAUGAUGGGCGUGGAGCACAGCUUCGAGACGGCCAGCCACGACGGCGAGGCCGGCCCCUCGGCCGAGGCCCUCCAGUAACUACCACCGGACCCUCCCCGCGGGGCCGUCACACUCCCCCCCCCACCCCCCACCCCCACCCGAUCACGCCCACCUACCAUCUUGGUCACGAGCUACUGUCUGUCCCUCCCCAGGACCCGCGGGGGGCGCUGCAUGCUCCCAGCCCUUCUGCCUCCCCAUCCCACUCUCUGACCCCAAUCCGAGCGGGCUGGGAGAGGGCAGCGGCCGGUGCGAGCUCUGCACUGCCUUCCCUAGCACACUCGGGCGCCGUCAGGGGGGCUCCUGCUCCCCCUCUCCUAACCCCUAGCAGUGGUCUCCCCACUCACCAGGCCAGGCGGGGAGGGGCCGGCCUGGGAGGCUCAGGAAGGCUCCCUCCCCAGGCCCUGGGCCCCUUGCUGCAACCUCUUGGGACUUGCAGGGGCCCCAGGGUUCUCAGGACCCCUCCUGCCACCACCUCCCAGUGCUUCCAUGUUUCCAAAAGCGCCUUCCUGUCUCCCUCGUCUGUCCCUGCGCCUGGGGGCUGGGAUAGGCGAGGCUGAGGGGACUGCCCAUUUCACAGCUGAGGAAACUGAGGCUCAGAGAAACUUCAUAACUGAUCUAAGGUGGUGGGCAGUGGCGGGCCCGGCGCCCCUCUCUCUCCCCACCCUGUGCCCACCUCUGUUGCCCCCACUUUUCCCCUGGGGCCUGAGUGGGGCAGGUCCCGAGUGGGAGGCUCUUGGGGAAAGACUGAGGGUCUCUGCGAAUAGAACGAGAGGUUUCCUGGGCUCACAGAAGUGUGUGUGUGUGUGUGUGUGUGUGUGUGUGUGUGUGUGUGUGUGUGUAGAAGUUUUGCUUUUAAACAAAUGGAUAUGCGAGGCAGUAGGGCCAGGGCUAGCAGCCAGGGAGCAGGCUGGGGGGCUGCUGCCCUCCACCCCCACCCCCACAUCCCACGCUGCCCCCACCCCCUGUACAUACUUUUUAAAGCAUUUUUUUAGCUAAUGAAAUAUUGAAGUAUAAGAUUCCUUUUAUUUUUCAAACCAACGGGACUGUCUGAUGUCCCCUUCAGUCCCCAGGGGACGCGGCAGGCAGGACGGGGUGGGGGAUGGGGGCAGGCUGAAUGCGUGCGUGUGUGAGUGUGGAGUGUGGGUGCGCAUUUCUGAGGUGGGGACCCGGCCAGGCCUCUGCUCAGGCUCCUGUGGGUCUGACCAGCUCCUCCCUUGCUCCUCUGUUCCCCAGCGGGGUUCCAU